AUGCCGGUGUUUCUCACCAAGAAGGAGAGGAAGAAGCUGCGUCGCCAGAGCCGCCGGGAGGCUUGGAAAGAAGAACAAGAGAAGGUCCGCCUCGGCCUGGAAGCACCGCCUGAACCCAAGCUCAGGAUAUCGAACCUGAUGCGUGCGCUGGGCACGGAAGCUGUGCAGGAUCCCACCGCCAUCGAGGCCAAAGUGCGCGAACAGAUCGCCAAGCGCCAGAAGACACACCUGGAAGCCAACAAAGCGAGAGCGCUCACCAAGGAACAGAAGAGGGAGAAGAUCGACAGGAAGAUCAGGGAGGAUACUAGCAUGGCGGUUCAUGUCGCAGUAUAUAGAGUGAAGGACUUGUUCGAGUGCGCGUCGGCCAAGUUCAAGGUGGAGGUGAACGCACAGCAGUUGCACAUGACGGGCUGCGUGCUGCUGCACCGUGGAUGCUGCCUCGUCGUCGUGGAGGGGGGGCCCAAGCAGCACGAGAAGUACAAGAGGCUGAUGCUGCACCGCAUCAAGUGGGAGGAGGACAUGGUGAAGGACACAGAGGGCGCGGAGGUCCCGAACAGUUGUCAUCUUGUGUGGGAGGGGGUCGCCAAGCAGCGAGCCUUCGGGGGAGAUUAA